UUCAAGAUCCGAGAAGGAGUUUGCAGCCAAUGAGAGCUCCUGAAUUCACAUGGCCAAAAUUGAGCCUCUCAAGCAACAGCUUCAAAGGAUUUUAACUGUCGUCAAGAAGCAGAUAACUUUGAUUUCGUGAAGAGAUUGCUUUGAAGUGUGAUUGGGUAGAUUGAGCGGUGCUGGGGCCCAUCCGACCACCCCACUCCUCAGUCACUUUCACGCUACCUUAUCCUCUUCCCCAAAAUAAUUGUUGUAAAUGGUUGAAGGUGCUUCCAGAUUUGGCAAGUUAAGAAUAUAAUAAUAAGAUAAGUAGAGGUGUUUCUUUUGCUAUUAAUGCUCACGUAUAUAUAAUCUGUCUCUGUCCAUUUGACCCCAUGGCCCUCUCUUAAUUUGAUUUUAUUAGGCUUCUUGGAGUUUUUGAGGUCGCCCCCCAUCUUCUUCUUGCAUCCCACUUUCACUUGGAAAUGCUAAUGGAAGGCAGCCCCAAUGAUCGCCUCACCUUUGGCAAGAUGGGCUAUGGAUGCAAGCAUUAUAGAAGAAGAUGCAAGAUUCGAGCUCCAUGCUGCAACGAAGUCUAUGAUUGCCGUCAUUGUCACAAUGAAGCCAUGAGUAUGCAGCGCAAGAUUUAUGAUCGUCACGAUCUAGUCCGGAGCGAUGUGAAACAAGUUAUUUGUUCUGUUUGCGACACUGAGCAGCCUGCUGCACAUGUUUGUGUGAAUUGUGGCGUCAACAUGGGAGAAUAUUUCUGCGAAAUAUGCAAAUUCUACGAUGAUGAUAUUGAGAAAAAACAAUUUCAUUGUGAUGAUUGUGGGAUCUGCAGGAUUGGAGGUCGAGAGAACUUUUUUCACUGCACGAAGUGUGGCUCUUGUUAUUCAAUUAGUUUACGCAACAACCACCUCUGCGUGGAGGAUUCCAUGAGGCAUCACUGCCCUAUAUGCUAUGAGUACCUAUUCGACUCCCUCAAAGAUGUAACGGUCAUGAAAUGUGGACACACCAUGCAUUCUGAAUGUUACGAUGAGCUGAUAAAGCGUGACAGGUUCUGCUGCCCAAUAUGUUCCAGGUCGAUCAUGGACAUGUCUAUGGCGUGGAAGAGAAUAGACGAGGAAAUUGAAGCGACCAUGAUGCCCGAGGAAUACAGAUACAAGAAGGUAUGGAUUUUGUGCAAUGACUGCAACGACACCACUGAAGUUUACUUCCACAUAAUCGGCCAGAAAUGCAGCCACUGUGAAUCGUAUAAUACUAGAACAAUUGCUCCUCCCGUUCUUCCUCAGUAAAACAGUUUUAAAACUCCAUUAUUUUGCUCUGAUGCACCGGACAAGCUGGUGCAAUAUGAUUGAUGUCGUUGUUUCUUGUCAUGUUUAUACGUGUGGUGAUUGAUGUACACUAUUGUGUUGCUCUUCCUCUUCCUCUUCCUAUUAAUGUGGGAAAAUAUUUACCGAGCUCAGUGACUUUGGAUUGAUGUAUACAAAGUUUUAUUGGCUUGUUUACCUUUUCA